CGCUAAUACUCUCGUGCAGUUUAUGGGAGAAAACAUGGCGGCGCCCUUGACCAGACACACAAAAUUCUUGUCGGCGGUGGCCAGCCAGUUUACUUCAGCUGCAUGUCUCAGGAAUAUUCAUUCCACUGCAGCUUGUUUAAAGAACCGUGCGGCUCGUAUUCGAGUAGGUAAAGGUGACAGACCAUUGACUUAUGAACAGGCGUAUCAUCCUCACCACAUUGGCCACAGAAAGGGCUGGCUCUCACAACACGCCUGUAAUCUUGAAGGUGAAGGCGGAGCGGCAGAGAGGGUCGUGGAGGACGUCUUCAUCAGAAGAUUCAUAUACGGCACAUUUCACGGCUGUUUGGCUGAUGAACUGGUGAUAAAACGCAGAGGCAACAUCCUGGUCAUUUGUGCCAUGAUGAUACAGAAACUCUUUCCCCCUAAAUUCUAUUUUCUCAUUGGGUACACAGAGGAACUGCUCUCUCAUUUUUACAAGUGUCCGGUUAAAAUGGAGGUGCAGACGGUGGAAGAGAAAGUAGUCUACAAAUAUCUCUGAGACAGUGUGCGCUGGCUUUCUGUAAAGUCAUCUUUGUGUGUGUUUAAAAUCGCAUGUUGAAUGAGUUUUGCAUAUUUGGAAAUGUAUGCUGUAUGCACGUUAAAGAUUCAAAUGAUGGUCAAACAGGCACCCUUACAAUGUGUAUAUCUGUAAAUUUCAAAUUAUACUAUCAAAAUACUAGUGAUUGACUUGUUGUUGUUAAAGUUGUUUGUCAUGGAAUAAAGGUAUUUUGUGUUUUUGACCAAAUAUUUUUAAUGAUUUUUAUGCAUGUUACAGCUGAAAUUCAACAGAGAUCUAACUUCUUGAAGUAAAUUUAAAAUCUGCAACCCACUGUAUUUCCAAGUGAAAACGGAUAUUUCCGAAGAAAUUUGUUGUUGGAAUAACAUCCACAAAACACAGAGAAACAUGCAUUUCAUAAGGUCAUUUUUUAUUUCAUCUUGACUUGAUCUGUUUAUCCAGAGCAGCACAUU